CGGGGUUCGAGUCCGGUUCGGGGUUCGAGCGUGGUCCCCACCCCACCCACCCCCAAUCCCGGGACGCGACCUCGCCGUUCUCUACGAGCCGCUGCCUCCAACUCCUCCAUCUAGGUCUAAACUUUCCGUACUUGGAGUGUCUCGUUCCCCCGCGUCUCUGUCCCCUCCCCGUCUUUCCCCUGCUUCUCUUCCCCGGCCGCAUCCUCCUCCAGGUGUCCUGCCCCUUUCCCGCAUCACUGUCUUCCCUCUGCCCCUCUCCCCCAUCUCGAUCCUCCUCUCUACCUCUUUACCCCCACUCUGUCCCCCCUCGCCCUCCCCCGUGGCCGAGCAGAGCCAGGCCCCAGACGGCGGGAAGGCGGCCGGGCGUCCGGCCGGGCUGGGCCUCGGCCUGGCGGCUGGGCCGGUGUGGGGAGCGGCAGCUGUUUGCCAUUAGCCGGGGACCCCGCAGGCCCCGCCCCCUCCCUGCACGGGGCGGGGUCACCCCUGCCGGGGUCUUUGGGUCGGAGAGACCCCAGAGACGUCCAGGUUUGGCUGGGAGUGGGGCUGGAAGGAGACUCCGCCGGACAUUCGGGCCCGCCUGGGACCCUGCACCCCCUUACCUGUCCCCUCUUGGAGUGUCUCGCCCCCCAUUCUCUCCAUCUCUCUCCUAUCCUGCUUUUCCUUCUCUAUAUCCCAGGGGUCCCAUAGAGGGAGAGGGGCUUCAGCCACAGACACCCUUCCUCACCACCCCGCCCACCCCGCUCUGCUUUCUCGACCUGUGGUCAUCCGCGCACGUAGAGGGCGGUCCGAUGGCUGGAGACCCUCAGACCUCAGUCUCUCUUGGAAGUGGGCAGAGGGAUGUGGCAUUGGGAGGUGGGGGGGGGGUGUGGCCAAUAGUGGGGAAUCUGCCAGGCUCAGGUUCGAGUCCAGACCCAGCCACUUCCCCCUCCGGUGACCCUGGGCAAGUCACUGUGCAUUUCUGUGCCUACCCCGCCCCCCAUUCCUUAUUUGCAAAACAGAGCAAUCAAUAACUGUGUGCCUGAUGGGGACGUUGUGAUCAAAUGAGCUGCUGGGGUGAUUAUUACAGUUAUUACUAUUAUUUGCCCCACCACUUUUCACCUCCAGGGGCCCCCACAGGCUAUUCCAGUCCUGCUUCCUGCCACCAGUCUGUCUCAGGUGUCCAGAAAAGAGUUUUGAUCACCUCCCAGGCGUUGAAAGACAAAGACGUGAAGAAAGACGGAGAGAGAAGUGGAGCGAGGCACAGAGAGACAGAACGUGGAGAGAGGCAGAGAAGCGCGGAGAGACUAAGCAAGACACUAAGCAAGGCACGAGCAGGGUGUAAGACAAGGACAAGCCCGGCUGCCCCGGAGCCCCAGCCCCGCCUUCAUGCCCGGCAGGUGCCCCACCUGGCCCAUCCUCCCAGGUAAGCCUCAGCUCAAGCUGCAGGUGAUCUGAGUCACAGACCCCAAGUGACUCUUGAGGAGCUUCUGCAGACCAGAGGAUGGCCCAAGUCCUUCACGUGCCAGCUCCCUUCCCAGGGACCCCUGGUCCAGCCUCCCCACCCGCCUUCCCUGCCAGGGAGCCUGACCCACCGUACUCUGUGGAGACGCCCUAUGGCUACCGCCUCGACCUGGACUUUCUCAAGUAUGUGGAUGACAUCGAGAAAGGCCACACGCUUCGGCGCGUGGCCGUGCAGCGCCGGCCCCGCCUCAGCUCACUGCCCCGAGGUCCUGGCUCCUGGUGGACCUCCACCGAGUCUCUGUGCUCUAAUGCCAGCGGGGACAGCCGCCACUCGGCCUAUUCCUACUGCGGCCGCGGCUUCUACCCGCAGUACGGUGCCCUAGAGACCCGCGCCGGCUUCAACCCGCGCGUGGAGCGCACGCUGCUGGAUGCCCGCCGCCGCCUGGAGGACCAGGCAGCUGCGCCUACCGGCCUGGGCUCCCUGACCCCCAGCGCAGCAGGCUCCACCAGCUCAUUGGUGGGCGUGGGGCUGCCGCCCCCGACGCCACGGAGCUCGGGACUGUCCACACCCGUGGCUCCUAGCGCCGGGCACCUGGCCCACGUGCGGGAACAGAUGGCGGGUGCCCUGCGGAAGCUGCGGCAGCUGGAGGAGCAGGUGAAGCUGAUCCCCGUGCUCCAGGUGAAGCUAUCCGUGCUGCAGGAGGAGAAACGGCAGCUCACGGUGCAGCUCAAGAGCCAGAAAUUCCUGGGCCAUCCCACGGGGGCCCGGGGCCGCAGCGAGCUCUGCCUGGACCUCCCAGAGCCCCCCGAAGAUCCAGUGACGCUCGAGACCAGGAGCGUGGGCACCUGGGUCCGAGAGCGGGACUUGGGUGUGCCUGACGGGGAGGCAGCCCUCGCCGCUAAGGUCACGGUGCUGGAGACCCAGCUCAAGAAAGCGCUGCAGGAGUUGCAGGCGGCUCAGGCCCAGCACGCGGACCCCCAGCCCCAGGCCAGGCCACCACCAGACAGCCCGAUCCGAGUGGACACUGUCCGGGUGGUAGAGGGGCCGCGGGAGGUGGAGGUGGUGGCCAGCACGGCUGCCGGAACCCCUGCACAGCGGGCCCAGAGUCUGGAGCCCUAUGGAACAGGGCUGCGGUCCCUGGCACCGUCUGGAGGGGUGGAGAGCCCUGCCGUGUUCCGUAGCCACGAGCUCGUAGAGACCGCGUUCCCAACAUCUGCUGCGCCCGCCGGCAACGUUCACCUGGUGAAGAAGAUCAGCAUCACGGAGCGCAGCUGCAGUGACCCAGCAGGUCUCCCACAGGCCCCUGCGGAGUCACCCUCGUCGCCCCCAGGGGUGGCGGCCUCGUCCCUGGCACAGCCUGAGAAGAAGGCAGGCGGAGCGCUCGGCCGCGAAGCUGCCGACUCGGAGCCCGCCAGGCAGGCAGCCUCGUGCGAGUCCGCGGAGGCGGGGGGCGCAGGCGAGCCCCCGGCUGGCGUGCGGUCCAUCAUGAAGCGCAAAGAGGAGCCCGCGGACCCCCCAGCCCACCGGAGGAGCCUGCAGUUUGUGGGGGUCAAUGGCGGAUACGAGUCCUCCUCUGAGGACUCCAGCACAGCAGAGAACUUCUCAGACAAUGAGAGCACAGAGAACGAGGCCGCGGGACCAGAGGAGAGGGUUCCAAGUGUGGCCAAAGCCCCCCAGCUCAGGCCCUCGGGGACAGCGGUGGCCAAGACCAGCCAGGAGGAGUGCCAGCCAUCUCGGGAGCCUCAGCAUGUGCUGGUGGAGGAGGGGGUGUCAGGAGCGAAUGCAGAGGAGGAGAUCCGGAUGGAACUAAGCCCCGACCUCAUCUCAGCCUGCCUGGCCCUGGAAAAGUAUCUGGACAACCCCAAUGCCCUCAGUGAGCGGGAGCUGAAAGUGGCCUACACCACGGUGCUACAGGAGUGGCUGCGUCUGGCCUGCCGCAGCGACGCCCACCCUGAGCUUGUGCGGCGCCACCUGGUCACCUUCCGGGCCAUGUCGGCGCGGCUGCUGGACUACGUGGUCAACAUCGCCGACGGCAAUGGCAACACCGCUCUACACUACUCCGUGUCCCACGCCAACUUCCCCGUGGUGCGGCAGCUGCUGGACAGCGGCGUCUGCCAGGUGGACAAGCAGAACCGCGCUGGCUACAGCCCCAUCAUGCUCACUGCCCUGGCCACUCUGAAGACCCAGGACGACCUCGAGACCGUGUUGCAGCUCUUCCGGCUCGGAGAUGUCAAUGCCAAAGCCAGCCAGGCGGGACAGACGGCCCUCAUGCUGGCGGUCAGCCACGGGCGGGUGGAUGUGGUCAAAGCCCUGCUGGCCUGUGAAGCGGACGUCAAUGUCCAGGAUGAUGACGGUUCCACGGCCCUGAUGUGCGCCUGUGAGCACGGCCACAAGGAGAUCACGGGGCUCCUGCUGGCUGUGCCCAGCUGCGACAUCUCGCUCACUGACCGCGAUGGGAGCACAGCUUUGAUGGUGGCCUUGGACGCGGGGCAGAGUGAAAUUGCAUCCAUGCUCUACUCCCGCAUGAACAUCAAGUGCUCGAGCAGGCGUCGUAGUCAGAUACACAAUACACAAGACGACGUAUCAGAGCCAGGAGGAGCCCCCAACAGCAACAUGACUCCAGCUUUAUAGCGGGUUUUUCCUGGUACACCAGUUCAAAGCAGCCGCGGUGCAGACCGGAGCUAAAUUCUUACAUAAAUUGGUGCCAGCGGCCGAGGCCGGGGCGUGGGUUUAUGAAGAACGUUGAGAACAAUCAACUGACAAUUACGGACGGAGGAGGGCGAAAGGGAAAAAUACUGUAUUUUUGAAUCAUUGGGGGGGGGGGGGGCGGGAAUUGUAUUACUUGUUGCCAGAUUUGAAAGUCACUGGAAUCGCAUAGUUUCAUUUUAAUCCUGAAUGCUGUUACGCACGGGUCACGUCCGGAGUGGCUUAACGCCCCCCUCGCACGCCCCACAUUUAAUUGUCUGGUAUAUAAUAGUGUUUUGUCCACUACCCCCUGCCCCCCGCCCUGCCCUCCCCAGACAGCUUUCUUGGGGGGGAACUGUCUUCUGGUCUCUUCGCAAAACAGAUUCUGUCCUUGUCCCCCAGGGCAGGGAGCUCAGUCCUUUUUGUUCUGCUGUCUCGCUGCCACUGCCUGCCUCACCCCCAGUCAAGUGGGGGGGGGGGGCCGGCGGGGCGUCUCAGGACCCCGCGGCCGAGACAUCGAGAGGUCACCCAGAAAUCCGUCCCCUCCACGCGUGGAGGCCCUGGCAAAUAUUAAUUUUCCUAGAAAAUCCUUCAGACCUGGGGACUCAGGAAAUGAAUCCGGUUCCCAGAGCAGCUGUUUGAGUCCCCGGGCUUAGAACCCUGGUAGCGGGCCGUCCUCAUCCUCCCCAGACUCCACAAUUUCUCCCCGCAAAGGGGGAAAAAAAAAAGACAAAACAGGACAUGUACUUGCUGGCAGAACACAGGGCAAGCUCCAGAAACUCCAUGUGCACACAAUUAAAAGUUGGCUGCCCCCCUGAGGGCUCCCAGUGCAAACUUAAAGAGACAGGGCUUUGCCGAAAACCAAACAAGGGCCAGCUGGGGGCGGGGGGGUUUGUGUGGGGUUUUUUUUUUUGUUUUUUUUUUUUGUUUUUUUUUCCCCCAACAACCUAUAGGCUUUCCGGAGCUGCCUGGAACAGAGCCUGCUGGAAAUAGGGCUCUCCAGACACACGCAGUUUCCUUCAUGGCCUGUUUUGUCCUCAGAAGCUCCACAUAGUUUUCUUUCCAGUUCCUUCCUUUGGUGAACAACAACAACAACAACAACAACAAUAAAAGGGGGGGGAGGGGUUCCGAGCCUUGAGAAGUUAAGUGCCUCAUGACAGGGAGUAAGAUCCCUGGCUGAUAGGUGUCCUGUCCUCUCUUGUCCGCUUCUGUCCGCUCGGCCCUUGAGCGCUCGCUCGUGGUCAUUCAGUAAAGCAGAGCGCUGGCUUCUCGCCUACAGAAGUAGGCUUCUUGGCUUGAUGGAGUCUGGCUUGCUUUGAUUUUGACUGAAGGGAGGUACCUAAGACAAAAGAGUUUGGAUGGUUGAAGGAGACACCCUAGAUUGUGCGUGUGUGCUGUGUGCGUGUGUGCUUUGUGCAUGUGUGCGUGUGUGUGUGUGCGCGUGUGCACUGGAGAGAAAACAAAACCAAAGCCUACUGGGGACAACUGCUGGUGUCUGACAGAAGGCCACAACUUUGGGCAGCUUUGAGAAGCGGGACACAAGUUGUGUACCUGCGCGUCUGGCCCCGGAGCCAGCGGUAUGGUCACGCGAAGCUCCUAGAAGCAGCUCAUCGACGCCGCUCCCCAGAUAAGUCCAUAUUUAUCCCUGCUUUCCCUUCUCUCCUCUCCCCCUACCCAUCGGGCUUGGUAUGCUAGGCUACAGGGACAUCCCGCCUCUGUCCCCUGUUCUCCUGUCACGUGUAUUCAUGACCUUUAACUUCACUUCCCGACCACGGUACGUCCAUAAAGACAGUAUUACACUUAAAUGAAGUAUUCCUUUUUAUAAUCGUUUUUUAGAAGGUAAAGGAAUUUAAUAAAGCUACUUUAUGAUAAUA